CGACGUGGUUGUGCGGUUUCCGUAUCGCUAUCGUUGUCUUGCUCAUUGCGCGGCGCGGUGUUUCGUGUGUUGCAACGUACUUGCCGUGCCUGCGAGUCAUCGUCUUGCUCAUGGCGUGGCGCGAUGUUUCGGGCGUUCCGUCGUGCGUGUCGUGUCUGCAUAUCAUUGUCGUCGUCGGACCCCUGCUGCGCAGCCUCUGCCAGGCGCUUGUUGUGCCUCGAUUAGGCGACUUGCAGAUUCUUGGCACCAUGCUGAGGGAUGGCCAUGGAAAUCCGAUUCGCUUGCACCCUGGCAAGCGACGUGAAGUCGCGAUCAAGAUGAAGGACUGUCUUCCUUAGAUCAGCAACGUUUUGGGACUGGAUUCGACAGCCUGGAUCUCAGUGCGCUUGGAACUUUCCCUUGACACGCGUCGUAGUCGUGCUGGAUCCUUUGUCAUGCGUGUAUCG